CCCCUUCGCAACCCACGAAGCUCCAGCAUUCACGCCGCAACCACGCACGGAACCCCCCACACCAAAAGUUGACGCGCACGUCUUGGCAUCCAACUGCGCCCACGAUUCCCCCUUCCAUCUCCCUUCAACAACGCGCACCUGUGACGGUUCAUUCGCCGAUUCUCGAGUUGCGAAUCCAUAGCCCGUUGGUCCUACAAACACCAGUACCCAGCUCGACGCCGCGCACACAGCGCUCCUGUUCCCCAAGCUUCAUUCGAGCUCCGACCCGCCCGGCGCGCGUGAUGAGGAAUGAGGAUCCGUUCGCCCCCCCACUUGCGCUACCCCAUUACCAUUGUCGAGCUCCUCUGCAAGCAGGGUGAAGAGAUCAAGCGCUCCGCGCCCCUCUUCAAGUAUUCCUACGAGACGGUUGUGAGCGAGGCGGACAAGUAUGGCGAGCUGAAGGAGGUCAAGAAGCGCUUCCCCGAGCGCUUCAACUCCCCCAACGAUGGGACCGUUAGCGAAUGGUUCGUGAAGCCAGGCACCCUCAUUGAACGUCCUGGAGUCAACAUCGCCGAAAUCGACGAGCCAUGCUCCCACGAAGUCCAGUUCGGCGGCCUCUGCGCCAAUUGCGGGAAGGACAUGACCACAGUCGAUUACCUGACCGUCCAGCGCAACUCGGAGCGCGCGACCAUCAACAUGACGCACAACAAUGUGGCUCUGCUUGUCAGCGAGAAGGAGGCCGGUCGCGCCGACGAGGAGGCCAAGGCAAGGUUGUUACAAGCCAGGAAGCUGUCCCUGAUUGUCGACCUCGACCAGACCGUCAUUCACACGACGUGCGAGCGCACCGUCGCAGAAUGGCAGGCCGAUCCGGAGAAUCCAAACUAUGAGGCCGUCAAAGAUGUACAGAGCUUCCAGCUGGCCGACGACAACGUCGCCCAUGUCGCUGCCAACUGGUACUAUGUCAAGAUGCGCCCCGGCUUGAAGGAGUUCCUGGAGAGGAUGUCGAGCCUGUACGAGAUGCACAUCUACACCAUGGCGACACGCGCAUAUGCGCAAGCCGUCGCCAAGAUCAUCGAUCCAGAUGGCAGGUACUUUGGCGACAGGAUACUCAGUCGUGACGAGAACUACACGGACAAGCUAAAGAGUCUCCACCGGCUGUUCCCUACCAAUACGGACAUGGUCGUCAUCAUUGACGACAGGGCGGACAUAUGGCACUAUAGUGACAAUUUGAUCAGAGUGCCCGUUUUCAACUUCUUCCCUGGCGCUGGAGAUAUCAAUGCUAGCUUCUUGCCCAAGCAACAGGAGCUCAUUACCACGACUGCCAAGGGUGCCCGGAUCGAGGCCGCUCCAAAGGAAGAAGAAGGGGCUGGACAGGAGAGUGCUGCUCCCGCUCCGACGUUCUCUGUCGCUGGUAAACCCGCCGAGCCUGGGCCCACAGAAGCGACCAAUGGUGAGCUCACGGAGCUGGAGCAACAGCUGUUGUCUAUGGGAAGCGAAGGUCACCCGGAGGUUUUGGAAGAGCAGGUGAAGGAGCAGGAAAAGGUGAUUCAGAGUCAACAAACCGAGCGGCCUUUGCUGCAGAAGCAGCUGGAAUUGGACAAGGAGGACGAGGAAGCAGGGGAAAGAGAUCGCACUGAGGAGGGGGCCAAUGCCGAAAACGGAAUCACAGAAGAAACGCCUCACUCCAAGCAUCGCCAUAGUCUCCUCAACAAUGACGACACGGGCAUCGAGGUCAUUGAGCGGAAUCUGAAGGCUGUACACCAGAAGUUCUACGACGAGUACCGCGCGAAGAAGCGGGUUCCCGCUGGCGGCCGUGUCGCUGAACUCAAAGGCAGUCCUAAGAAACGGAUUACGGAGUUUGUCCCGGAUAUCAAGGAUUUGAUGCCGCGGAUGAAGCGAGAGGUGCUGGAUGGCUGCACGAUAGUCUUCUCUGGCAUCAUUCCCCUGGGUAUGGAUGUGCAAACAUCUGAUUUGGCGUUGUGGGUCAAGAGUUUUGGUGCCGAAGUGGCGCUCAAUGUAAACAGACGCACGACGCAUCUCAUUGCUAAUCCGGAACGGAGAACCAGCAAAGUGAAGAAGGCAGCGCGCUAUCAGCACAUCAAAAUUGUGAACGUGGAUUGGAUGUUCCAGUGCUGCACACGGUGGGAGCAUGUCGACGAAGCGCCUUACCUGAUCGAGCUCGAGCCUGGUGAGCGAGGCGACUCUCCUCUGGAUGAUCUGGAAGACACGGAUGUAGGUGCCUCUGGGGACGAAGGGGCGGAUGAGGAUCUGCCGCUGAGCAUGUCUCCAGAUCAGUGGAAGAGUGUCGACGACGAAUUCGAAGCAUUCAUGAAUGAGACGGAUGAUUCGGAGGACGAGAACAACUCCGACUCGGAUAGCGUCCGGUCGGACAACAGCACCAGGACAACGGACAGCAAGCAGUCGACGAGGAAGAGAAAGAGGGUCAUGGUCACGGCGGAUGAAAGCGGUGCUGAAGAGAGCGAUGCAAGCGCUGGUGGCACGUCGCGUCUACAGAGGAGGAAGAGGCGCACCAUGGAGCGCGUGUCGUCGCUGACGAACGUCGUCAGUGCGGACAGGUCGUCUGGCCUCCCUAGUCCAGAGACAACGGGGCCCGAGGAGGAACAGGGAGAGGAGGAGAAUGCGGUCAAGCCCACGGGUUUGGACGUGGCAGACGACGACUACGACGAUGGGCUCGAGGCGGAGAUGUUGGCGCAGUUUGAGGCGACCGACGACGAGGCAUAGAAGCGCCUGUCGUUGCAAUUGGGGUGGUCGUUGGGUGACGUCUGCUUUUCGUUCGCUCUUUGAAGCUGCAUAGCGAGGUGUUUGGCAUUUGGGCGUUCGGGAAGGGCUACUGCGGCAUGUCGCGGGCAAUCUAUUGUAAUCUCUCCUUUGUAGAGACAAGUUAGCUUGAAGCAGGCAUGGCAUGGCAAGGCAUGGCAUGGGCAUAUGGGCAUUGAGACCGGGACGUCGUUGGAGCAAUACCGAAUCAAUUCACUAUCCGACUACGCCUGCCUUGGCAAAUACAAGCUUUCCUUUGCUGCCU